UGAGUAAAAUUUAAAAUCUGUAAAGAAAAUUUAAAAUAUUUAUGAGAUAUAGUUUUUUUAAAGAUUAAAACAAUAAACUAGAAAAUAUUCAUGAAUCAUAAAGGUGAUGUGUGAUUGUAGGGACCAAAAUGCAAAUAAAAAUAUGAAACUUCAAAUUUGAAGUUUUGAAUAAUGAAACUUCAAAUAUAGAAUUUUACUCUUCAAAACUUCAAGGAGAACAAAAAACUUCAUAUUUGAAGUUAUAAAGCAUAGAUGCUCUAAGUUCGCCUAAACAUAAGGCUAGGCCUAUAAAAACUUUAAGAUAUGGCCCUAUAAUUGACUGUUCUUUUCAUAUAUUUUGCUUUUCGACUAGUCGUUUUUUUCCUUCUAACUUGAAUAUCAGAGAUUCAAGAAGAAUAAAUUUCGUUUUGUUCUUUCAAAACUAUUUUGUAUUUUCAAAAACACUUUCAAAACUAUUUUGUAAAUACAUUGGCGAAGAAAAUCGUGCCCUCGCCCUUACAAGAACCCGUAAUGUUAGAAUUAUCCAUGCUCACCAAAAUGCCACACAACCUCCUCCAUUUCCUCCAUCCCGACAUGUGUUGUUCGAUAUUGAUCUAUAAAUCCUUCCCAAAACAACAAAUUCAAUAGCUUUAUAAGUUGUUGAUUCCUUCCCAAGGGUAGGGGCAGAAGUACCUUGAUAAAGGAUUGAGCACUUGGUUUGGGAUACAAGAAACAAUUGGAGGAGCUGGAUAAAUUCUUUUAUUUAAAGCUGUGAUACUUGAUGUAAAUAAGCUUCUUUGGUUGAAUAAAUUUUACAUUCAUUCAAAAAAAAAACUUUUGUACCAAAUCUACCAGUCUUACUCCAAGUAGAUUUAGUAAUGAUUUAAAAUACACCAAUGGGCCACCACCAGAAACACAUUAAAAUCUUUACAAAGAAUAUAUAACUAAUAAAAAAUUCCAAAGUAAAUUAUUUAAUAAAUAAGUAUUUUGUGGCAAGGAAUGAAGGGAUAUAAUUUUAUUUCCAAAUUUGAUAAAAUCGUACAAGAUCUAUAAAUAAAUAUACUUCUUCCAAUCAAAUUAGCUACAUAGUUUUUUUAUAAAAUUAUAUAAGGGAAAAGAGCCUCUUGGUGUAAAUUCUCAUCUUCUCUUCAGUUUUCUCAUGUUAUUUUCAUGGUUGGUCUUACAGAAAUUUUACCGUUUUUUCAUAUUUAAUGAUUUUAUUCGAAAUGAAGCUUAAUUUGUCAUUUAGCAAUCAUGAUUUGUAGAUAAUCACAUUUCUCAUGCCUAACUCUUGUCUCUUAAUACCCGCGUCUAUAUGAAUAUAACGCCCAUAUAUUUGUCUAUGUGUAUAUAUAAUUACACCAAAGCAACACACGAUCUCUACAAGAUUAGCGGAUCGAUAACAUUCAGAUCUGAAAAACUAAGGCUAAAACUAAAACUUGUGGAUCGAUUUUGCAUAGUCAGUCAUCUCUAGAAAAUGGAGAAGGAAUUUGAUUUAACACUGAGGUUAGGUUUGCCAAGUCCUACUGUUGAGACACAUCUGAGCUUAAACACUCUCACCACUGAUCAGGGGAACAACGUCGACGGUAACCGCCGAGACAACAACGACAACGGUGAUAUUCGUGGCCGCCGUCACAUUCUUAACAGUAAUGUAUCGACUAACGGCCACGAAGGUGGGAGAAAGAGCGUCGACGUCAACACCAGAUACUACAACUUAAUCGUCAACCACUUCGCCGGCGUCGGCAAGGCCUUGAACUUUAAACCUUUACCGAUGCAACCAUCUCCGGCUCCUGUGCCGGAGACUCCUACGGGAAGUGACUAUGUGCUGAUUGAUGUCCCUGCUAAGAGAGCACAACGUAACUCUUUAGCGUUUAAAAAUGCUGUGGACGCUCACGAAACUCUAGGGCGGCGUUGGGGCUGCAGCGGCGCCUGUACAGCAGGAAGGAUUAACGAGAUGAGGAAGUGUACAAACAUGAACUGCAAGGCAAUUAACACUCCUAUGUGGCGAAAGGGUCCUCUUGGUCCCAAGAGUUUAUGCAAUGCUUGUGGGAUAAAGUUCAGGAAGGAGAAAGAGAGGAGAUGCAAUGGAACUGAGUGAUCGUGCUUGUCUUUGUAUUUGAUUAAUACAUAAACAAAAGGAGAGAAACAGACUUAUUGUUAAUUAAGCAUUAUAUGUCUCUGAUUAAGCUUUUUGAGAGGAAAGCUAAACUAUGGAGAUUUAAGCAUAUUUAUUGAAAUGUCAUUCAUUUUCAA